AGCGUCAUAUUGGGGUUGGCAACACUGGUGAGGGUCUGUUUACCGUCUACUGGGACGGUCGUCUGCCUGUGACCGAUAGACAGUACCGGCUGACUCUUAAAAUAUGUUACGAAUAUCUUCCCGACUUCCACCUCGUGUGACAUCUAAGGUUCUGCGAGCAAAUGGCGGUCGACGACUGCAGUCAUCAUACUCGGGGGGAGGAGGUGCCAAUAAAACCUUGUUCGCAGCAGCAGGAGCAACGUCACUUGUGGCCGGUGUUGUUGGUUACUCUGCUUGGAGUAAUGACAACAGGAAGGGUGUUGAGAAAACCAUUCCUGGCUCCAAGUAUCUGCUUGAUGUUAUUCUUGGCCCAGAACAAGUACCUGCACCUCCUAAACCUUCUAAACCAGAAAUUGGGCUAGUGAGGAGGAGGUUGGAACGAGAAAAGAAGAAAAGGCAGCAAGAAGAGGAAGAGACAACAUCUAUAGUAACUGAUAGUGUAGCUGUCCAAAAAGAACUUGAACCAGCUGUGGAAGUCUCUCUUGAACCUGAACCAACUGAGGAAGCUUCUAAUGUGUCGGCUUUGACAGUCAUUACCACAGAAGGCCAACUAACAUCUGUGAGCUCUCCUCCAGCCCCAGAAAAACCAGUUUCAGAUCUUGAGGAGAGAAUGGCUGCUGGAGAAAUAGCACAGGAUGUAGAAAAUGCGGCCUUAAGUCAGACAUUAGAAGACCUGGCAGCACUAACCCAGAAAGAGAUCACUGGUGCUCUUUCUGCUGCUGAGGAUGCUGCCAUGAUCAUCAGACAACAUACUGAGAAGGCAUAUCAGGCCAUUGAUGCAGGACAAGAUAAAGAACAUCUUUUUGCUGCUGUUGCUGAGCUGUCAAACAAGCGAGUAGAAGUGGUUAAAAAUGCCCAAGAAAAGAUUGCUGCUGCUAGAGAGGCAGUGGUGACGUUCCAAGAGCAGAUUACUAGUGGUCUGUCCUCAAGUCUGACAAAGGAGAACAAGAGCCUGAUUGCUGCAGAAGAAACUUUAGGAGAACUGAAGUAUGCUCUGGAAAACAUCAAAGCUAUUGUGACAGAAUCGGAGAGAGAUGGCAAGGUUGUCAGUGAUUAUCGUGACCUAGUUGAAGCCGGUCGGGAGCAGUUCGAAGCAGAGGUUAGGUCACUGUUACCUGAAGUGAAGUUGGGUGAGAUGAGCAACAAGCUGACCCCAGAUGAAUUGAACCUGCUCAUUGCCCAUGCUCACCGUAAAGUUUUACAGCUGCAGAAACAAGUUGCUCGUCAGCAGGCUGAUUUUGAGACUUUGGAACACGACCGAUUCAAAGAAGCUCUAACAAAGCAGCGCGAGGAGGAUGUUAAGUUACUAGAAGCCAAAAUUACUGCUGAAUUAGACAGACAAAGGCAACAGUUGGAGGUUGAAUACAAACACAAGAUGGCACAUCUUCGUGAGGAACUGGAAGGAGAACUACGAACUCAGCUCAAGCGUCAAGCAGCUGCCCAUAGUGACCAUUUGGCUGAUGUUCUCUAUGUACAAGAGAAAGAAUUAGAGACCAAAUGGUUUGAUCUUCUCCAAGACAAGGUUCAAUAUGAGAAGAACAAAUAUUUAGCAUCUGUAGCUAAGAUACAGGGACAACUACAUGGUCUUAAGAAUGCACUGUCGGCACGAGCCGAUGUUGAUAAAGCUGCCUAUGCUGCCCGUGAAUUGUGGCUUGCUUGUGUGUCUUUAAGAAGUGCUUUACGACUUGGAAGUGACGGUGCCAAGUCGUGGGAGGAACAACUUAAGCCACUCGGUGACCAGAUAGCAACAAUCAGAGCAGCAGCAGGGGAAGGUAAUCCAUACAUCACAACAGUUCUGAAUGCUGUCUCUGAAGAGGCUAUGGCUCGUGGAGUGUUUACAGAAGAAGCUCUCAGAGAACGCUUUAUGAAGGUUGACCGAAUUUGUAAGCGUGUGUCCAUGAUUGGAGACAAUGGUGGUAGUCUGAUAAAAUAUCUGCUCUCAUAUGUUCAGAGUUUUUUGGUGUUAAAUGCUUUUGAAUACCUACCUGGGACUGAAGUUCGUGAUGAAGAACUUGCAGUUGAUUCACUCUCCACCUACGAUAUUCUAGCAAGAGCUCGGUAUUGCUUGGAUAAAGAUGAUUUAACCCAAAGUGUUCGCUACAUGAAUCUCUUGCGUGGGGAGCCUCGCAAUGUUGCUGCCAGUUGGAUAAAGGAAGCCAGAUUAACUCUAGAAACACGCCAGACUGCAGAUGCUCUUCUGGCUCAUGCUGCUGCCACAGCUGUUAAAGCUCUUUGAAGUAGUUUUAAGAUGUUAACAACUCACAAAGCCUUGGGAAACACUUUAUCUGCUUAAUGUGUUUCCAGGUUAAGGGUCAAUAUGUACUCAAACAGCAAGAUUAAUCUUAUUCAAAAUCUUUUCAUAUCUACUUUAGUGCAAUGUUGAAUAUGUUAUUAAAAUUCUAUUGAAUAUUUUUACUUCUUGAUAUGUGGCUGGCAAUUUAAUUGAUAUUUCAAACAGACAAAGAACAUUUUAAAAGUCUACAAUUUCAUCUUAGAACUUGUGAAGCUAUGCUGAGUAUGGGUUAAAAAGCAGAGUUUCCUACACGUCUUGGAAAAAAAGAUAAUUGAAAGAGACAAUAUAGUACAAUUAUCUGUAAAAACCUUGAAAAUUAAAUUUAAUUGCAUAGAGACUUGAGAUGAAUGAACAUCAGUGAGGGAGCAUGACGGUUAUGACAGUCAAUGAGGGAACAUGACAGCUAUGACAUUUUUUCUAGUACCCUGUAUUGAAAGAGAAAUAUGUACUAUACUUGCAACCCAGCAGUCAUCCUUAUGAAAAUGUGUAAUUGUAUUUGUCUUCUCUGUUUGAAGGAUUUGUCUGUUGUAAAAUUUUAAGUGAGAUUAUACAUGUACUGUAUUUUUUUAUCAUGGCUAACCCACACAAGUGUGUAAAAUGGCUACAAAGUGAUGGUGAUGACGAAGAUUUUACAAUGCAAGGUGUUGUGAUUAUGAAAGGAUGUUAAUGAGUUCAUUGCAUAAUGCUCACUAUAAUUAUUUUUUUGUAAGAAAAUUAAGCAAGGUAGUUAUUUAGUCAUAAAAGAAGAUUUGGAGGCCAACUAAAUCUUUGAGCACUGCACCAGUUGUUCUUGCUAACGGAGAUAUCACCAUUAAUAGUUGUGGGAACCUUGAAUAAAAAAAAAUAGUAUGAACUGGAAAUUGUUAUCAUAAUUGUAUGCUAACUGUAUAGAUUCCAUGCUUUACAAUGCUAUAUAUGUCAAAUUCAUUGUUGACAUUUCUUAUGAAAAUACUGUAUGCAUAAAACUAAUACUCUACAUCCUUUUGCAUUGGAGAUAUACAGUAUAUUUUAGAACAGUGGUUCACAAACUAUUUUCAUCACAACCCAAAACUAGAUUGGUCAGGCACACUUGUGAUCCACAGUAUAAACUAACAUGAAUCAAAAAUAAUUUGUUGUCUUUAUUUUGUUAGUACUGUAUAUUCAAGCAAUAAUAUGUAAUACAAUAGAGUAUAAUAUAACUCAAACUAAUAAUAUAUCAUAAAAUGUAAAUAAUAUAACUCAUGCCAAUGACAGGAUGUCUUUUUGUCUAAGGCAGGUCCUCAAAGUGAGACGUUGUGGCAGACAGGCUGCAGCACAGAUCAUGCUUAGGCUGAGAGUGUUUUGAAGCUUCGUCUUUGUCAGUGCCAAUGUGGAAAAUCUUGUCUCCCAAAAGUAUGUUACGUGGCUGUUAAUGGCACAAAGACUAUCAAAGUUUCAACAGCAACAGUUACUUUUUUAUUUAAGUGUGUGAUCCAGAAAGAACUGAGGGAUUGCUGCUUGAAGUUUUCACACAGUAAUUCAUCAUGUGUAUUUCUAUCAGUUGUUCCAGCAGUUCGGGUGUGCUGUUAUCUGGCAAAUCUUCCACAUUAACACUGAAAGGAUUUCAAACCAAACACUAUUUCAUGGUAGCUUUAGCAGGAAUAUAGUGUUUGAAUUCUUCUCUGAGAUUGUUCAGGUUCUCCAAGACACUACCAUAAAUGUCCUCAAAAGAUGUUGAUACACUUUCCUCAAAGUCUUCCAACAGGUGACUUAAGGAUGGGAAAGACCCAGUCUUUCCACACAACAUUUUGCCUUUCCACAACUUCAGUUUGUCCUUAAAUGAACAGCUUGUCAGUGAGUUCAAUGAAAGUGUGACAGCUCUGCAACCCAAAUUUGGGUCACGACCCAUAGUUUAAGAAUCACUGGUAUAGAAUAAUUCAUACUUGAAGAAGUAAGAGUUAGCUUACUGAUACUAGUCUAGAUGAAAAACCUGUGAUUUCAAACAUUAUUUUACGAACUGCUGCUUCUAUUGCGAGAUAUUUUCAGUGAAAUUAUUGAAUAUGUGUUUUCAGAAAGUGUAUUAGGGCACACACUGAUAAUAUGUUUGUCAUUAUUUUCUAAUUUUCAUUACAAAAAUUAAAGGUUAAUUUGGUGGUAGUUAAUUUGGCCUAAACUUUCCUGAUGUAAUUGUUUAUUUUCACAAGCUUAUAUAUACAGAAUGAUGAUUUAAAAUUUUUGUAAUAUGUACAUAUUGUUCAUACUGUGUAAAGAUCAUCUUUUGGCAGAUAAAAUCAGAUUAGUUAC